AUGAAAUGUUACCCGUUGACUCAGGAGGAAAACAAAUACGGUCCGGUGGGCACCCCCACAGCACGGGCAGGGACCCUGAGUGGCCUCGCAGGCUUCCGUGGACGUGGAAGGAAGAUGAGGGACCUGCAAGAUGCGAUUACUGUUACGUGGCCAGUUCUCUUUAAGAGCUUUCCUCGGCUCCUUCAUUUCUACAGCCUUGUUGCACUGGUCUGGGAGAGUUGGAAGGACUGGCAACAUUGGAGAAUAACUGCCCAGCAUCCUCUGCCCAACCAAUCAGAAUGUAGGAAAAUCUACAGAUAUGACGGAAUCUACUGUGAAUCUACCUACCAGAAUUUACAAGCAUUGAGAAAGGAGAAAUCCCGAGAUGCUGCUCGCUCCCGCCGGGGGAAAGAAAACUUUGAGUUCUAUGAAUUGGCCAAGUUGUUGCCUCUCCCUGCAGCCAUCACCAGCCAGCUUGACAAGGCGUCCAUCAUCCGGCUUACAAUUAGCUACCUGAAGAUGAGGGACUUUGCUAAUCAGGGAGACCCCCCGUGGAACUUGCGAAUGGAAGGCCCUCCACCCAACACGUCAGUGAAAGUUAUAGGUGCACAACGAAGGAGAAGCCCCAGUGCACUAGCCAUUGAAGUAUUUGAAGCACAUUUGGGAAGUCACAUUUUGCAGUCCCUGGAUGGCUUUGUAUUUGCACUAAAUCAAGAAGGAAAAUUUUUGUACAUUUCUGAAACAGUCUCCAUCUACCUAGGUCUCUCGCAAGUGGAGCUGACAGGCAGCAGCGUCUUUGACUAUGUGCACCCCGGGGACCACGUGGAGAUGGCAGAGCAGCUGGGCAUGAAGCUCCCGCCCGGGCGGGGUCUCCUCUCUCAGGGCACCGCCGAGGACGGAGCCAGCUCAGCAUCUUCCUCCUCUCAGUCAGAGACCCCUGAACCAGUGGAGUCAACCAGCCCCAGUCUGCUAACCACUGACAACACCCUCGAGCGUUCCUUUUUCAUCCGAAUGAAAUCUACUCUGACCAAACGCGGCGUGCACAUCAAAUCAUCAGGAUACAAGGUGAUUCACGUAACAGGACGGCUCCGCCUGAGAGUGUCGCUGUCCCACGGGAGGACGGUCCCCAGCCAGAUCAUGGGUCUCGUGGUUGUGGCUCACGCCCUGCCCCCCCCAACGAUCAAUGAAGUCAGAAUUGACUGCCAUAUGUUCGUCACUCGAGUAAAUAUGGACCUCAAUAUCAUUUACUGUGAAAAUAGGAUUAGUGAUUACAUGGAUCUGACCCCCGUGGACAUCGUAGGCAAGAGAUGCUACCACUUCAUCCAUGCCGAAGAUGUGGAGGGCAUACGGCACAGCCAUUUGGACCUGCUGAACAAGGGUCAGUGUGUGACGAAGUAUUAUCGUUGGAUGCAGAAGAAUGGAGGAUAUAUUUGGAUACAGUCUAGUGCCACCAUAGCCAUCAAUGCCAAGAAUGCAAAUGAAAAGAAUAUCAUCUGGGUGAAUUACCUUCUUAGCAAUCCUGAGUACAAGGAUACCCCCAUGGACAUAGCACAGCUCCCCCACCUGCCGGAGAAGACAUCGGAGUCCUCGGAGACCUCGGACUCUGAAUCAGACUCUAAAGACACCUCAGGUAUUACAGAGGACAACGAGAACUCCAAGUCGGACGAGAAGGGCAACCAGUCGGAGAAUAGCGAAGACCCGGAGCCCGACCGGAAGAAGUCUGGCAACGCGUGCGACAACGACAUGAAUUGCAACGACGACGGCCACAGCUCCAGCAACCCCGACAGCCGCGACAGCGACGACAGCUUCGAGCACUCGGAUUUUGAGAACCCCAAGGCGGCCGAGGACGGUUUCGGCGCGCUGGGGCCCAUGCACAUCAAGGUGGAGCGCUACGUGGAGAGCGAGUCGGACCUGCGGCUGCAGAACUGCGAGUCGCUCACGUCGGACAGCGCCAAGGACUCGGACAGCGCAGGCGAGGCGGGCGCGCAGGCCUCCAGCAAGCACCAGAAGCGCAAGAAGAGGCGGAAACGGCAGAAGGGCGGCAGCGCCAGCCGCCGGCGCCUGUCCAGCGCGUCGAGCCCCGGCGGCCUGGACGCCGGCCUCGUGGAGCCGCCGCGGCUGCUGUCCUCGCCGCACAGUGCCUCGGUGCUCAAGAUCAAGACGGAGAUCUCGGAACCCAUCAACUUCGACAACGACAGCAGCAUCUGGAACUACCCGCCCAACCGGGAGAUCUGCAGGAACGAGUCCCCCUACAGCAUGACCAAGCCCCCCAGCUCUGAGCACUUCCCGUCCCCGCCGGGUGGCGGCGGCGGUGGUGGUGGCGGUGGCGGUAGCGGCGGUGGCGGUAGUGGCGGUGGUGGCGGCGGUGGAGGGCUGCACGUGGCCAUCCCCGACUCGGUCCUCACCCCGCCAGGCGCCGACGGCGCGGCCGCCCGCAAGACUCAGUUUGGCGCGUCGGCCGCCGCAGCUUUGGCCCCAGUCGCCUCCGAUCCGCUGUCGCCCCCGCUCUCGGCGUCCCCGCGGGACAAGCACCCCGGCGGGGGUGGUGGCGGUGGGGGAAGCGGCGGUGGGGGCAGCAGCGGGGGCAGCGGCGGCGGCCCCAGCGCGUCCAACUCCUUGCUGUACACUGGGGACCUGGAGGCGCUGCAGAGGUUGCAGGCUGGCAACGUGGUGCUGCCGCUGGUGCACCGGGUGACCGGGACCCUGGCCGCCACGAGCACGGCCGCGCAGAGGGUCUACACCACGGGCACCAUCCGCUACGCGCCCGCCGAGGUGACCCUGGCCAUGCAGGGCAACCUGCUGCCCAACGCGCACGCUGUUAACUUCGUGGACGUUAACAGCCCCGGCUUCGGCCUCGACCCCAAGACGCCCGUGGAGAUGCUGUACCACCACGUGCACCGGCUCAACAUGUCGGGACCGUUCGGCGGUGCGGGCGGCGCGGCCAGCCUCACGCAGAUGCCCGGCGGCAACGUGUUCACCACGGCCGAGGGACUCUUCUCCACGCUGCCCUUCCCCGUGUACAGCAACGGCAUCCACGCGGCGCAGACUCUGGAGCGCAAGGAGGACUGAGCGGCGCGGGGUCCCCUCGGCGUCUCCCUCUCCACCCUUCCUUCUUAGCACUUUGGAUUCCAGCAGGUCAGCGUCUUCUGCGACACCACGGCCCCCAGACCACCCCCGCUUUCUUUGCCUUGACUCCUUCGUUCCUGUAAAGAUAGGUUUAUUUUUUUGCCUUCCGAGGCUCCGACCACCGGUUGCCUGCCGCUCUGUCUUCUUCCUCCGCCACGUGUGUCGGGUCCCGUUGUGUUCUAUCCCUUUUGCAUCUUUAUUAAGAUGUCUUUCGUGUGUAUUUGCCUCUGCCAUAGAAUACUCACUCUCGUGGGCCAGAGAUUCCUCGAGCGACGACCAUUGGGCUUUCUUCCGGAAAGAUCUUGAUAUGAUCAAGAUGGAAAGAGACAAGCAUAGAAACCGUGUGCCCUGUCUGACGAAGUCAAAGGAAACGGGCUGGGGUGUUGGUUUCUGUUCCUGAUUCCUUUCCAAAUAGGGGAAUAAUAUUUUAGAAUUUUAUGCAGAAUUUAAUUCUCUUUUUAUGGUUGAGAUUUUAAGAUUUUUCUUACUUGCACAUAAAAAAUAAUUUGGGUUCUUAAGCUUAAUUUCUGGCCUGUGACUAGAAUGUUUAAAAAAAAAACAAGUUGGACUAAAUGUUAAUUACUGAAACAUUAACUUAAUUUCUAAAACCAUGGUGCUAUCAUUUAUUAAUCUGUAAUGUCUUCAUACAAAAUGCAGCUCCUGUGCUGGGUUUUGGAGGAAAAAAAAAAUGUGUUCUGUCCUGGUGUGAGUGUUGCUGCAGUCUCCUUGGUUAGUUAAGACAAAGCCCUCAUUAACAUUUGCUGCAAGACAUAAAAUGUUUUACCUCCCAACUAACAAACAUAGCCUCACAUGAAAUUUCAUGGAUCAGGAAAGCCCUUUAUAAAGGGGUUUUUGGGGAAACUCAAACUGAUUUGAGGAGCAAUUUUAGGUACAUAUUGCCUUUUGUUGAGCUUUUUCCUUGUGUUUUCUUACUCAGUCUAACUGAGGCUAAUUCUGCAACUUCAGUAACACUUCUGAGUACAAGAAGGGAAAGUACGUAACUACGUAACACGUUUUGGUUUUUUCAUUUCUUGCUAAAAACACUAAAGGAAGGUUGUAUGUUGGGGGACUGAUUGGAUGGCAUUUAUGGAAUUUCUUUCCCUUUGGUUCUUCCUUCUCAGUUGAAACCAGUAAGUUUUAAGACUAAAGAAUGGGUUACUAAGCUUCCGACAGAUAACUGCAACUGAAAGCUGCACAUUAAGUAAAUUAAAAAAACAGAAAAAGAAAAAAAGGAAAAAAAAGAAAAAAAAGGAAAAAAAAACAUCCUAUUUUGUCUUUGUUGCCAGAAAUCAGUGUGGUGUCAAAUACUCCAAAUGACUGUCAAGUAUAAAUUCUUCUUCCACUUCAUUUUUGGCAGCUGUUUGCUAAGGCAUCUAAUAACAGAUGUGAGAACUGUAAUGUGUACGGUGUGUACGUGUCCUUGGCUGUCAGUCCCAUUGCAGUCUCAAUGUGUGUUGCUAUAUGCAGUAUAUACUAAGCUGACGUAGUUGUUUUGUCCGUUGUCUUCUUUGUGCUCGAUCUCUAGUCCGGAGUGGAACAGUCCCAUUCCUGCAGUCCUAGUGAAUCAGUGAUUCUUGGGGGUUAGUGGUGUUUGUGUGGUGGCCUUCCUCUGUAACGUCACCCUAUGCUGCUCCUACUGUCUGUGACCCUUCUGUUCUCCUUUUUAAAGUUCCUGCCGUUGCUUCGCUGGUGUAUAUUGUCCCUACCUCGCCUUCCUCUCCCUCCCUCUCCCUCCUCUUCUUUCCUUUCCCCAUCUCCAAAAUCUUCUUCAUUCUCAGAGAUAAAAAGACUCUUAACUAGCUCAAGGUGAAUGGAGCCAUUUUUCCCACAACGGAAUUCUGGGUAGACUCUCUCUUCUGGAGUGCCACACAAAGCACGGAAGAGUAAUGCUCAGAUGUAUUACCUAAUCAAUGCCAUAGAGCCUCAGCUGUUCACAUUCCCAGAGUCCCUUGUGCUCUACCUGUAAGCAGUGGGUGCUUUUCUUUGGUUCCCUUCCAGGUUGGCUGAUGGAGCAAUACAUAAAACAAUUACCAGUGAGACAGAAAAUUAUUUCAAAGGUCAACCAACAUCUGACAACACAAAAACAAAACGGGAGGGGGUAAUGGAAUAUAGAAUUGUUAUAUAUAUAUAUAUAUUUGUUUAUUCGUGCAAUGCUAAUAAUAGUAACUCGGCUGUCCUUUGAAUAUCACUGUGUUGAGUGGAUUCCUCCAGGACUUUUGAUUCUGUGAGUUGGGCCCAAACCAUGAUCGAAUCCUAAGAACGAGACGUGAAAUGCCACAGCUUUUCCUAGCACGCUUACUUGAAGGAUUUAAGCGGGGUUGGAAGGUGAAGAAGGCCAAUCGAGAAAUUUAAAGAUUAAUUUUUGGAAACUCUGCUCUAGCUAUUGAACAAUCAAAGGAAUGCACCUAUCAGCUACAAAAAAAAAAAAAAACAGCUAGACAGCUGGGUUUUUUUUUUCUUUUAUAAAUGUUUCUGUGUUGUGUCAAGAUGAUUUCUGGUGAUUUAAACUAACAGAUAAUCACAGCUGCUGUCUAAAUCCAUAGUGUUUAAAAUGACAAAAUGAAAAAAAAAACACUUCAUUACCUGUGAAGACUGUGUCUGUGUUUUUAACUUUUCUUGUACAAAUAUAUGAAAACUUUUAUGAGGAGACUGGUGCCAAGUAGCUGAAUAAUGGGGAAAGGGAUAUCUGUUCGUAAAAAUCUUAGCAGUGUUACCAACUCUACAGUACAUAUAUAUAUAAAAUUAAUUAAAACGUUACAAAGCGACAGCUAUGGUACAUUUGUUUUGUGUGAAGCUAACCGGACCUAACUUCCUGAGUGCCUGGCUUAUUUUGAAACAUUUUUUUUUCAUUGACCAUUGAUAAUGCUGCAAAUCAGAAAUGUACAUACUUCAUUUACAACAGGGUUCUUUUUAUACUUUUGUAGAUUCUCAUACAUGUCACAUACAUGGUUGUCUUUAUGUAACUUAAUUUUUUCAUCUGCAGGUGCCAUUUUCAUAAUAAACUUCUCUUGGAUUUGUUA